AUGUACACCACCUUUGUCCUCGGGGACUUCAAUUUUGCCACGCACGAGGCUCUCGCGCUCGCUGCCCCCGCGGCGGCCGUGCGCGAGCUGUCGAAGUGCCACCGCGUGCAGGCGCCCAAGUGGCGCCAGGCCCUCGCCCUCCUGACCGAGAUUGCGUGCGAGGACCCCACGCACUACGAGAAGUUCAACGACUCGUGCGCGACGAUCGACCGCGUCUUCUGCUCGAUCACGGGCUGGCAGCUCUGCCAGCUGUUUGUCCAGAUUGGCACGCUUGGCUCGCCGGCGGCUGUCUUUGACAAAAAGAUCUCUGACCAUGCUGCUGUUGUUCUCUCGCUUGCCUGCCGCCCGCCUCGUCCAGUGGAGUCCCGCCCCAUACCCAAACACCUGUUCUCGGAGCCUGGUUUCAAGCGUCGCCUGGAGGGGCUGUGCUCCUGCAUCCCGUGGGACUCCAUGUCGCCCCCGUUCAAGGUUGAAAAGUACAAGGAGCUUUUGAAGAUUUCGGCCGCGGAGACCAGGGACGCCCUCUUUCGAGACAGGCAAGACCUGCGCAUGGCUUCCAGGCUCCAGGACUCCCACCCCCUGGCCAUUGACAUGAUAUCGAUUACUGACGGGAAGGCUUGGGUCGACCAGGUCCAGACUGAGGCUGCUGAGUCCGCGAAGGCUGAACUUGAAGAUCGCAGACGGCGUGAAGGUGACCGCGUCCAGAUUCGUGCCCAGGAGCUGUUUGCGAAUACUAGUGACACGAUCCAGAUUUUUCUGCCCAAAAACGUCACGGACCUGGAGCUCCGCGAUGCCAGCUGCUCCCGCUCCCCAGACAAGGUUCGGGUCUUGGGCCUCAGGAACUGUGACCUGAAGCUCAUCUCGUCCACUGUCAAUCGGGCGAUCCGACCCGCCCUGGUAUCUCUCGCCCCGCCGUGCCAGCGUGUAUUCAUUCCGGGUGGGAAUUUCGGCAACAACAUCCUCGAGCUCGACGUGUCGUCCCGUCAGAUGUCGGUCGUGCCUCACGGGUCUACCGAUAUCCCUGUGCUGUAUUCCUUGGACUUCGGCCAGGCCUUCCCGUCCCUGAAUCAGGCAUUCGUGUCCUUCGUCACGUUCCUAUAUGCAUCGGUGGAAGGGGUUGUCUCGCACCUAGGCUCGCUAGUGCACAUCUACUGGAUCCAGAGCGGCAUCAUCCAAGGUUGUGCCUUAUCGGGCACUCUCUAUGCGUUGAGUACGGCUGUCUUCUUGGUCGACCUGGCCUCUCGGGUGGAGGCCGCUGGCCUUGGCCUGGUUCGGGCCUGUGCUGAUGACAUUGGGGGCACGUUAUUGGCCAUACGGCACCUAGUUCAUGUAUAUCGGGUUAUGAAGAUGGCCUCGGACAUGGCCAACCUCGCCCUGAAGGUCUCGAAAUGCAAGAUUGUCCCGCUGUCUGACAGGUUCUCGCCCAACCUCUCCGCCACAGUCUCCUACUGGGUCUCCCAUCUGGUCCCCGAGUGGAGCUCGUUCGAGGUGGCUCCCAAGCUGCUCUACCUGGGCCUCUGGCUGGGGCCUGCUGUUGUUCCGUCCACUUCUUGGAUUGACCCCGUCGCCAAAUUGUGCCUCAGGGCCCAAGCCAUCGGGCGGGGAACCACUCCCGCCAGCCUUUCCGCUACACUGUACAAUACUCGGGCAGUCACGACCAUAUCUUACGUUGCUCAAUUCUGCUGGCCGCCAUCGUCAGCGCUGCAGCCUGAGUUGUCGACGCUCGCGCAGGUGUCCCGCAUCCCGCUCGGCACUUUCGCCCUCGACUUCUGGACGCAGAUCGCUCAGUGGGGAGGCCCGCGCUGCACGCGGUGGGGGCACCUGGCCGUCGCCACCAUCACGCGGGCUGCGCUGCACACGUUCCCUGGCUGGGAGAGGCUUCUCCAGCAGCUGCGGAACCACGCGAGCUCCGCCCCGUACGAUGCCACCCUGUCCAUGCUGGCGACCGGCAAGCCGUACCCGUCCUUCUGGUUGGCCCCCGCCUUUGUGGAGAACCUGGAGCUGGCUGCCGCGGGCACCCCUCCUCCUGGCCCACUGGCCGUCUUCGGGGCUCGUGCUGCCGACGCUGCGCUGGCUGAACUUCGUGAGAGCGGCCGAUCUCGACCGCGACCUCAGAGAGCGGCUCACGAAGCGCUGCGGGCCUUUGCGAUGAUGAACAAGCCUAUCACUGGCCUCUUCGUGCUGCGCCUGAGGAAGUUCGCUGGCAGGUCGGCGGGCCUCCUAUCGAACAUCGACUGGGGUGUGUGCAAGAGCGUCCUCGCCCGCUGCCCGCGCUCGUGGGCCAUGGCCGUCCUGCGCACCUGGUCUGAUGGCUGGAUGACUUCGGCCCGAAUCAUCUCACCUGACGGGCAGAAGCAUUGCGUAUUUGGAUGUCUCGGCAAGCUCGACUCGUUGCGACACUACGCGAGAUGCCCUGUCAUGCACCGUGCCCUUCGACAGGCUCUCGCGAGACCGUUCCCGCUCCCGUGGAUGACCAGAUGGGGCCUAUCUGAGCCCUCGCUGGCCACCUUCUCGGCGAUGGCGGCCGCUUACAACAUGUACAACGAAGCGAGGCUGGCGCCCGUGUGGCCCCUGUCCCCGCCCCUCCUCCGCAGCUGCGCUCUCGCUGGUGUACGUUCGAUGCAGCUCGCGUCACCGCUGAAGUGCUCGGAGAUCGACCGCGAGCAGCUCGGCCGACGGGACUACCUCAUCCGCACCUCCAGCGACGCCGCCAGCUACGUGCUCUCCCUCGGCUUCGGCGACCUCCACCCCACCUUCCUCCGCGCCCCCGUCGAUGACGCGCUCCACUUCAACUCUGAGUGCGGCCCCUUCUCCAUCAACGGCGUUGAGAACUUCACGGAUGGCGUCCGCCUGCUCAUCAUUGUCGCCGCCGGCCCCAAUUUCGCCCUGUGCUUGUGUGUCGCCGUCCCCGCCAGUGACGCUUUCGUCUUCGGGCUCGCUUGCCUCGUCGCCUCCCAUCGGCGUUAG